AUGGCUGCGGUGUACAAGACGAUAGCGAAGGUGACGGGGUCGAAGGAGGAUAAGGACAAGGAGGAUCGAUCGAACAUCAUUGCCGAGAGGAAGAACAAGCAGAGAGUGCUGGUUCUGUCAUCAAGAGGUGUCACUUACAGACACCGGCACCUUCUCAACGACCUCGCGUCGAUGCUCCCACAUGGCCGGAAAGAUGCCAAGUUUGACACCAAGUCCCGACUGUACGAGCUGUGCGAGCUUGCCGAGCUCUACAACUGCAAUAAUGUCCUGUUCUUCGAGGCGAGGAAAGGGAAGGAUCUCUACAUGUGGUUCAGCAAGGUUCCGAACGGGCCAACGGUGAAGUUUUAUGCGCAGAACUUGCACACAAUGGAGGAGCUGCAUUUCCAAGGCAACUGCCUCAAGGGCUCCCGCCCCAUCCUCUCCUUCGAUGCCGCCUUCGAGCAAGAACCAUACCUCAAGGUAAUCAAGGAGCUUUUCCUACACACGUUUGGUGUGCCGCAGGGACACAAGAAGUCGAAGCCGUUCAUCGACCAUGUUCUCUCGUUUAGCGUCGCGGACGGCAAGAUCUGGGUGCGCAACUACGAGAUCCGUGAGGUUGAAAAGGUUAAGGGCGAGGCCGACAAGAGGGAGGAGGGUGAGACCGAAAAGCCGAAGGCGGCUAAGCCCGGUAGCAAGGACACCGACAUCAACCUGAUUGAGAUCGGCCCGCGAUUUGUCCUGACGCCUAUCAUCAUCCAAGAGGGCUCGUUCGGCGGGCCGAUUCUAUACGAGAAUAAGCGCUUCAUCUCGCCCAACAAGAUUCGUGCUGAGCUGCGCAAGGCUAAGGCGGCGCGCCAUCAUGCUCGUAUGGAGCAGCAGCGCGAUUUAUUGGCGCGUAAGAGGCAGCUGGGUCUGGAUGAGAGCACCCCAAAGAAGAAGGAUGAUCUUGAUACCCGGGAGCUGUUUGCUUGA